AUGCUGAGGAGAGCGAUGCCGAACGCGCUGCGGGGCGUCGGGGCCGCCCUCACCUGCCUGCAGCUCCUGCUGCUCCUCUCCGCCGCGGAUUCCCGGCCCCACACGUGGGACCAGGACAGGUUCCAGCUGGAAAAUAUCAAAAAAGAGAUCCUGGAGCGGCUGGGAAUGCCGGCUCCCCCCGUCAUCCGGCGCCAGCUGGAUCAGGAGAGCAUCCAGAGCGCGCAGCGGCUCUACCAGCAGAAAGUGGCGGAGCUGGCAGGGAACCGGAGCCGGGAGGAGGAGGAAGAGGAGGAAGCCGUGUCCAGGACCCGGCGGCUGCACCGCCUGACCCCCACCUUGUCGCACUGGCUGGACAUCCCCGAGGGACAUCAGGACUCUCAAGGACACCGGGACACCCAGGGACACCGGGAGCCCCGCGGUCCCUACCGCUACCACCUCCUGCUGUCCCGCACCGCGGAUUUCCACCGGCAGCUCCGCGUGGUGCAGGCGGAGCUGAAACUCUUCAAGCAGUCGCUGUCCCUGCCCGGUGCCUCGGUGCCACCCCGGGUCACCAUCUACACCCUGCAGGGGGCUGAGGGGACCCCCCAGCUCCUGCGCAGCCAAGAGCUGGGCCGGGAUUCCCGGAGCCUGGACCUGACAGAAGCCAUCCAGCCCUGGGUGGCCGGGCCCGAGGUCACGCUGCUCCUGGAACUGGACUUCACCACCAAUGUCUCGGCCGCCCUGGCCUCUUCCCGGGGGGAAACGCUGGUGCUGGAGGUGGAAACCCAGGAGAACGCGGCUCGGGCAGCCAGGAGAGCUCGGGGGCUGGAUGAGGAGUGCGGGAAGAGCGAUGGGAAGUGCUGCCUGAAGUCGCUGAAGGUCUCCUUCGAGGACAUCGGCUGGUCGGACUGGGUCAUCGCCCCCAGCAGUUACUACAUGAGGUUCUGCGAGGGCUCCUGCCCCCACAACUACAAACCGGCCAGCAUGCACGCCCAGAUCAAAUCCCGAGUGCAUUCCCUGUCCAAGGCCGCCCCCCCGCCCUGCUGCGUCCCCGCCGGCUACGACCCCAUGGUGCUGAUGCACCUGGACAGCGAGGGCAGGUUGGUGUCCAGCCUCUUCGAGGACAUGCUGGUCACCAGGUGCCACUGUGCCUGA